AUGUUUACACUCCCUUUUUUAGCACUAGCAUUAGUAGAUAACUUUAUUGGUAACUGGAAUGGAAAUGUCCCCAAUUAUCCGCUCACAAUAGCCGAUUUGAAGAAACCGCACGCUGUAAUGGGUGCACUCUUCCAAGUUUUUGAUAGACUUGGGAUUGAUCGAGAUGCUGUACUGAUGCCACCACCCGAAGAAAGUCGUAACGAAAAUAUGAUAUACUAUUGGGAUCUGCUUCCUGUGGUCAAUAUGACUAGAGUUAUAAAUCACUUGGUGUCUGUCAUGCCUCAAGUUGAUGCCACGAUCAGCAUCACUCAUUUCUUACAACCGACAGUGACAACGUCGCACUCAAUAUUGCUGUUAUUGUUUAAUCUGAUGUUGUUUAAUGAAGAGAGGCUAAGGGAUAUAGAGCCGUAUGAAGAGGAAUUGUUCUCAAAAACUGAACAGGUUAAAAUUUUAGAAGAUAGAAAAAAUCGUCUUCUUGAAAUGUUGAACGAACAAGCUGAAGAAAAAGGAAAACGAGCUGAAAGACUGGAAAAGAUAGAUUACGAGGUUAAACAGUACGAAGAUGAAUUAAAACAAGAGAACGAAGCACUUGAUGUAGAAAAACAAGAGUUAGAAGCUAUUAUAAAGGAGAACAAACAAACUGAGAUUGUUUUGGAACAGAAGAAAACUCAAAGAGAUACAUUAUUAGCGGAAAUUGAGAAAAAGAAAGCAUUAAGAGUGUAUGAUGCCGAGGAUAUAAAGGCUCAAGCGGAACAAGCAACACUGAACGUUCAAGAAGCAGAGGAAAAACUAAACUCAUUGCGAGCGACGUUAAUGCAAAAGGAAAAUAGUUUGAAAAAUUUGCAAACGAUCAAACCAAAUUUGGAUACAGCUAAUAAUUUAUUGCACGACAUUAUUAAGCUUUCGGAGAGUUUGAAGGACUAUGAAAGCGGAGAUCUGGAUUCAGACAGCAAAGAGGGAGAGUUAGAUGUACUAAACACGGAGCUAAGUGAACUAGAAGUACAAUUGGCAGAGUUAAAGGUUGCUAGAGAGGAAGCCAGUAAAAAACGACAGGAAAGUCACGCUAAGAGACAGCAAGAGAGAACAUUAGCUCAGAGUAAUCUUCGUGAAGCUGAGGAGAAAGACAAGAAAUGUAACGAAAGAUCUAAGAAGGCAUCUCAACGUGUCCAAGAAAUAAAAGAGUUAACAACUGAAUAUGAACACAAGAAAGCUAAGGGAUUGGAAGAACUUAAUGAAAUAAAAGAAAGUUUUACCAUCAAUUUAAAAUCAACCGAAGAAGCUCUUUUGAAAAAGGCACUAGAAUCCAAGGAGAGGAUUGAAGAUAAAUUAAGGAAUCGAAAGAUUUGAGCAAAUUGUAUUUUUAAUCAUUGCAAUUAAAUUAUAUUAAUAAAUGUUUCAUA